AUGGCGCUUCUCGUGUGGAAACUUGUUGGUGUUUUGUUUGGGUUCUUGGAUCACUCCUCUGCGCUUCCUAUGCCGUGUAGCUUCAAUCCUUUGUGCACGUGUGAUACUAGACAACAAGAAACUAGCUGUGUGAGUGUACCAUUUUUGAAUUUUCCAAAGAUUCCGUUUAAGGAAGUCUACCAACUGACUUUUGCGAGAACUGGUCUUCCAGUAUUAUACAAUGAUUCGCUAGAUGGCACAGCAGUGUCUUCUCUCAGACUGAUGUACAACAAUUUAGUGACUCUUCCACUUCACGCAUUUCACAGAUCUGAGCAUCUGAUGACCUCUUUAGAUCUGAGUUACAAUCACAUUAACAGUUUUCCAGCUAAAGCUUUAAGAAAAUUAUCUUAUCUCCAGUGGUUAAACUUACAUUCCAAUAAACUGGAGGAGUUAAGGCGUGGUGCUUUUGAAAAACUCUGGUCACGUUCAACACUCUCCAGUAUUCUCUUAAGCAGCAAUCAUGUAUCAUUUAUAGAAGAUGGUUUGUUUAGAAGUCUUUGGAACGUCACGUCUUUAGAUCUUACAAACAACCACAUUAGCAAGCUAGAGGGCCACCCUUUUCCAGACUCCUUGACCACGCUGUCUUUAUCUGACAAUCUUCUGGACUGGAUCCCCCCAGAUGCUCUCUCUAAUCUCAGAUAUUUAAAAAAGUUAAAUCUUGGUGGUAAUCUGUUUCCAUCUCUUCCAAAUAACUGGAAGUUAUCAACACGCCAUCUAGAGGAAUUAGAUUUUAGUCAUAAUGUUUUGACAAAAUUAGAAAGCAACGUUUUAAACGGUUCUUUUUCAGUACUCAAGCUGAGUCUGAGCUAUAACUACCUGAGAAUACUGUCAGUAAAAGCAUUUCGAGGUCUUGAUCUCCAAAAGCUAUCUUUAGCUAACAACCGAUUGUCUUCCAUACCAGUUGGGGCCUUUGAAGGUUUAGAAGCGACCUUGACUACCUUAGAUUUGAGUUUCAAUAUAUUGAAAUCUUUUCCAAAGGCAUUAAAAGAACUAAAUCAGCUUCAACAGCUUUUUAUGCGAGGAAAUCAGCUUUCAUAUCUAGAGAAGUACGAUUUGUAUACAUGUCGAGAAAACUUAGAAGUGUUAGAUCUUUCCAGAAACCUCCUGAAAAGUGUACCAAGAGAAGCUCUAGUGACUUCCAAGCGGCUUCUUCGUUUGAGUUUACAAGAUAAUCAGAUCAAAAAAGUACAUGCAAGAGAUUUUUAUGGUUGGAGUAGUACUUUAUUAUAUCUUAAUUUAGCUAAUAAUGGUAUUAGAUACAUCUCGGAAAAGGCUUUUCUUUACAUGCCAAAACUAAAAGACUUAAAACUUUCUUACAACAGUUUCUUCAAUGUAGAUUCAAAUAUUUUGUUUCCUCUGAGGGACUCAUUAAAAUCUGUGGAGCUGGGAUCUUUGUUUGAAUACUAUGAUGGUUCUCAUGAAAUGAUAGUGAAAUAUCUAAAUAAGUUAGAAUGGUUUCAAAUGGACCACAACAAGAUUUUUAAGUUGUCUUCAACGUUUCUGUUAGACCAAAUCAACAUGGUUCAUUGCGAUUUGGAAGGAAACAAUGUUAUGUUGAUUCCACAAAACUUAUUCAGAAAAGAAGUGCACAUUAAUCUAACUAAUAUAAUUCUGUCUCAUAAUGAAGUACAAGCAACUGAACCAAAAACAUUUAAUGAACUUCCUAGGCUCAGGAAUGUCGUACUUUUGGGAAACAGACUUGACAUUCUUCGACACAAAUCUUUCACAAGUUGUCCCAUGCUGAAUGCCAUUGUGUUAUCACACAAUCGACUUCGUAUAGUAGAACCUUCGGCUUUUCAUAACUUAACAAGUUUAACAAGUGUGUUUCUACAGUUUAAUAAGUUAUCAAGAUUUUCGUUUAAUAUGUUUAGCAAUGUAAGCAAUUCCGAUUUUCCAAUGCAUUUAAAUGCUUCAAAUAAUCGUAUUAGCAGAUUGGACAAGUUUCCGAGAGACAAAGAUGUCGAUGGUGUUCUUCAUAUGCAAACGUUAGAUUUGAGCCACAACAACAUAUCGUUAAUUCCAAAGGGUUUUUUCGACUUUUUAGGGAAUUCGUUCCAUCGUUUAUUUCUGUCUUUCAAUAAACUGACUGUCAUUCCUUCGACUGUCUCCACCGAAGCUACAAAUCUUCAAAUAUUGCAAUUAGACCACAAUAGUAUCGCAUUUGUUAGCUCUACAGACUUUCAAGGCAAACCUCCAAUCCAGAUUUUAAAUCUGAGUUAUAAUAACAUUUCUACCAUCUCCUCAGAGGCCUUCACAUCUUUAGAAGAAAUUAGAAUCGUGGAUCUGAGCUACAAUAGAAUAGCGACACUGCCAGAAAGUGCCUUUGUUGGAACAAAAUUGGAAAGGAUAAAUCUUUCUCAUAAUAUAUUUGUCCAUCCACCUUUUAAAAGCUUCUUUCCUGUUAAAUUCACUCUGAGGUUUAUUGACGUUUCGGCCAAUCAUAUUCAUAUAAUCCGAAGUGAUGUAAUUAAUCAUCUUUAUAAGUUAAAUUUUUUAAACUUGUCCUCCAAUCAGUUGCUAAGCCUAAGUGUAGAGAAUCUUACGCAACUCAUUAAACUCGAUUUAUCCCAUAAUCCUUUGCCGAAGUUUAAUGAUGGACUUCUUUAUUCAUUGAAGUCAUUACGAUCAUUGAACCUAAAAAAUACAAAUUUAUCUCAAUUGCUUUGUCUUCCUUUUUCACGACUAAACACCUUGACACUCGCAAACAACCUGCUGAGAAAUAUUUCUGGACUUGCGUUUCGUCACUUGCGACAGUUGCGACGCCUAGAUAUUUCUUAUAAUCUGAUAGAAGAAGUUCCAUGCCACUUGUGGGCUCACGUGGUAAACCUACAUUCUUUAGACAUUUCUCAUAAUCCAAUUGAAAUUUUGGGUACUGUGAGUUUCAGCGGUUUAGAGCGACUGGUAGAACUGGACAUGCGAGGCUUAGCCCUGAAAUAUUUGGACUCUCGAACACUACAGGAACUCAGGUUUCUGCAAACGUUCAAGACCAGCACGUACGCCGAUGUUCGAUCUUUUCAACUUCAUGACCUACUUCACAAAUCCGUUUCGCUUCGCCGAGUGGUAGUGGAAGUCGAAGAACCAACUCUGUCACAUCAGCUCCAAUGGACUUUUGGCGCCAAGCUCCGCGAUCUUACCAUCACCGGUCGCAAUCUGCAGAACGUGCUGCCAGAUGCUUUCCUCGGCUUACAUCAUUCUCAUAAGCUCAUUCUCAGAAUUACUGGCACAAAUAUCACCCGACUACCUUCACAACUGCUGCGCUACCUGGCGGAUAUCAGGUACUUGACUUUGGAUCUAAGAAACAAUUGCUUGCAAAAAAUGGAACGCAGCGUUCUCCAACCAGCAGAAGAUGAAACGGGAGAACCUGAUGGAACGAAACACAUAACAGGAGGAGUCUUAUUGGAAAACAAUCCGUGGGUGUGUGACUGUGACUUGAUUUGGCUUUCUCGUUGGCUACGUAGGUGGAUGCAUGAGACACUUCGAGUUCAGAUGUUCCAUUUUGAUGCGGCUUUGUAUGUGUAUAACUUAGCAAGACGAAGCACGUGUAUAAUGCCCGGGAUAAACACUGAAAUACCCAUUAUCGAUUUAAAACCCGCGGAUAUAAACUGUUUAGAAAAUGAUCGCAACUUAGCGACGGAAAUGGAACAACCUUUCCAAGUCACUUUUGUGAUUUAUGGAUUGACAUUUAUACGUUGGUGUUCUCAGUAUCUAUCGUGAUCUCGCUUAAAAUGUCAAAUAAGGUCUUGUUUUUUUUUUUUUGACUGUAACGAGU